AUGCAAAUAAUCUUAACUCUCUAUCUUGUCACAUGGACAUCAACGAAAGUCAUUGACGAUUUACCACAUUGCUCUCGGAGUACGGUAAUGGAGGGUGAGAUCCGAGAAUAUGAUACUAUGGGAAGGCCAAAAAUCUACAGUUCUGUGCAACUUUCCAUGGCACUUCACGAAUUGGCCUGCAUGACCAUUAAGGUAAACGACAGCGAGUCGUCCAUACUUCAUACGUUGGAAUUCCUUCGGCUGGAACAACAUCAUCCGGUUUCUGGAAUUUACCAAUUCGGGAUUCCAAAAAUCACGUCGUCCUGCAUUUGCGACUGUGCUGGAGGUGAUGCGCCUUGCAAAAUGGACGAGUACAACUAUCGGAAUUGCACCUUGGGAGCGCUGUGCUAUCGUACGUACCAUCCUGUGCAGUCAAACGUUGGCUGCAUAGGAGAGCAGAAGAGCGAAGCGUGUUGUCAGCUGCGCAUUGAACCCUUCAAGGAUUGGAUAUUCACCGCCAUUAAAAUAAAUCAACCUGCUACUGUGCUCGUAUUCAGGUAUAACAUUUAUGACCGUUUUAACAAGAGAUGGAGAAAAGCUUCGGAAGAAGUCGUAGAAGUACCGCUGAAUCGAGGCAUAUCAAAAUUCGACUUCAACAAUCGACAUAAGAUAGAGAUGGUAGUAUCUGGAAGCCGACCCAAUCGAGAACUCCAACCGGGAAUGUAUUUUGUUAGAGAAGGAACGCAUGAGUUGAGAGGAUUUGUGCCGAUCAACGAAAUUGGCGAAAGCAGUUUGGAGAAAUUGGGUUGGAUGAGGUUUUCAGACGGAAAGUGGGAUAUCAGAAAUGGCUUGGUGAAAAUCAAACAGGCUCAUCAUGUUAACGUGGCCGAUUGCAAGCAACAACAAUACACGUCGACUAUAAACGGGGAGCAACUGGUACUCGUUUCGGGUAACGACGUCGAGGAAAGCUACGAUCUCGGACGAGCCUUGACCAGCGAUCCAUGGAUAGAGACGGCCGUCUAUGAAGGACGAGUUGUGCGGGUCGAACACGCGGAGGGAACGAGUAUCUCAGUGCAUAUGACUUCGGAAACUCGCCCACACGUGUUAAGACAUAUCUCCCAAAUGGAAUCUUUCGAAGGAAUGAUCCAGGUCGACAGAGACAGCAAUCGAUACCUUAAUAUAUCCUUCUUGGGCACAAAGGGCACUUUGAUUGGGAACAUUUUUUCAUCUGAGAAAAAGGACCAAAUCGACAUGGCGUUCUCAGUCCAAGGUGAGCUACUCGGUCGUGCCAUGACUGCUAGGUAUGAGGCACAACGGCUUGCUAGCUACCGUGUCGCUCAUCGUUGGCAGACCGGUCGAGGAGAGUGUGCCGGAUGCAACGAGCGCGGUGUGGAAGGAUUCCUUUCGGCAGUAGAUCCUCGUCAAUGGCUCAACGGAAUCUCGUCACCAACGGAGGCGAUCACCAUGGCCGUGGAAGUGGCAAUUAUUGCGUGCUUGUCACUUAUGUUCAUCCUCGUCUGCACCAAGUGCUUUAUCCCGCUCUUACGAUGCUCGAUCUCAGUUGCCAAACCACCCAAAAAAUAG